AUUUUUAUAAAAAUGAAGAAGAAAAUAGACAUUUAUAGUUCAAGGUUCAGUGCUGUUCGUCAGUCAGCAGUGACGAGGCUUACUUCUUUGUCGAAGGAGACAAGGAAGGUACUAGGCAAUGCUAAGAGAAUGUUUAGUCCUUAUGAACAGAGGUUUAGGUAUGGAAUUGACUUGACAAACAAAAGUGCUGCGGAGACUUGUCAAGAAAUGAAGAAGUUCAUGUGCCCAACUAAAUUAAUAAAGCCAGCUUUUCAUGUGACAUUAAAAUAAUGCCAAGGAGAUCAAUGAAAAAGUGAUUAUGACACGUCUCAGAUCAAUCCAAACAGCUAAGAUGAAAGGAAUCAUGAAGAAAUGUUCCAAGAUGAAGAAGCCUAAGAAGGAAAGAACAGAUAAAGAAGACUAAAUGUAAACUGAGCUGCUUAAGACUGUCUAGUUUAGUACAGUCUUAAGCAGCUUAUCCGAUUGCAUUUUCUCUCUAAGUCUGCUAUUACUCUACUAAGUGUCAGCCUUUUAGUAUUCCUUUACGAUGAGAAGCUUUCAAGGAUAUCUGCAAAGUUAGAUAUACUUCGUUUAGUACUGUGGCUAUGCUUUUAAAUUCCUAGGAAGAUACGCGAAUUUAACAAUGGUUAUACUCAUUAUUUUACAUGAAGGAUAGCUCAAAAGAUAGUCUUCAAGAGAUUCUCUUGAAAUACGAAGGACUUUUGAUCAUGCUUUUGGAGCAUUUCCUUUCCAUAAACAAGUAUUGGACAUACAAGAUUUGGGGUCACAAGUAGAGGUUCAUCAGGCUCAGGUAAAGGAAUAAAGCGAGAGAAGAGUGCAAAAAUGAUAAUAUAAUCUUGUUAUCAACGAUU